AUGGUUCUUAUUAACAUGCUGCUGCUUCUUCAAAUCCUUGUGCCAACGGCAAUAUAUGCAUCGCCAACUGAAUCAAUGGCAAAGCCAGGGUGCCAGGAGAAUUGUGGGAACGUCACCGUUCCCUACCCGUUCGGGAUGGUUGAUGACCAAAAUUGCUACAGAUCUUUGUAUGAAGUAACCUGCAACCACAGUUUCAACCCUCCGAAGCUGUUCUUAGGGACGAAUGGAAACGUUGAAGUUUUAGAAAUCUCAUCAUCAGGCAGUUUGCGCGUCAAAACCUAUAUAGGUUAUCGUUGCUACAAUACUUCGACGAAAUCGUACUGGUCACUCCCGUCGCUCGAUCUGAAGAUAAGACCCUAUAGUUUUUCCGACACCCGCAACAGAUUCACUGUUAUCGGCUGCGACACAUAUGCUUACAUAGAUGGUUCCAAGGGGCGCAACUUCACAAGCGGAUGUUCCAUGGUUUGUAGCGACCAACAGAGCCCGAUUAAUGGGUCAUGUUCAGGCAUCGGCUGUUGCCAAACUUCCAUCCCCAAGGGGUUUAAAAGGUUCGAGGUGGAGAUUUAUAGCUUCAAAAACCACACCCAAGUCUGGGAUUUCAAUCCAUGCAGCUACGCUUUUUUGGUUGACUCUGAGGCAAUAGAAAACUAUACGUGUGAGAAUGUUUCAAGAAACGACCCAUCAUAUGCAUGUGGCAAUAACAGCGAAUGCUAUAACUCCCCCAACGGUCUCGGAUAUCUUUGUAAAUGUUCCCCAGGUUACCAUGGCAAUCCUUAUCUCCAAGACGGAUGCAAAGAUAUAGAUGAGUGCAACGAUGGAGCUAGUAACGACUGUAAAGGGAUUUGCACAAAUACGCCUGGGAGUUACAACUGCUCCUGCCCACUUGGUUUGGAGGGAGACGGAAGGACGACUUGCAUCGUACCGAUGCAUCCACUGAAGCAAUAUCUGAUUCUACAACUAACCAUAGGUACUGGCUCAGGCAUUUUGUUCCUACUUAUUGGGGGCUCUUGGAUAUAUUGGGGAUAUCAAAAGAGAGAGAUAAUCAAGCUUAGAGAGAAAUUUUUUAAGCAAAAUGGAGGUCUUUUGCUGAAGCAACAACUCUCUUCGCAUGAUACCAAUGUAGAGGCUGCAAAAAUCUUUACUGCGGAAGAGCUUGAAAAGGCAACUGACAAUUAUGAGGAGAGUCGAAUCCUUGGUCGUGGUGGCUAUGGUACAGUAUACAAAGGAAUUUUACCUGACAACAGGAUGGUUGCUAUUAAGAAGUCCAGAGUAGUUGACGAAGGACAGGUUGAACAAUUUAUUAAUGAGGUGGUUAUUCUCUCUCAAAUCAAUCAUAAGAAUGUUGUGAAACUCUUGGGUUGUUGCUUAGAGACUGAAGUUCCACUAUUAGUAUAUGAGUUUAUUCCUAAUGGAACCUUAUUCCACCAUAUUCAUGAUGAGGGACACGAAUCUUCAAUUUCGUGGGAAAAUCGUCUAAGGAUAGCCACGGAAACAGCAAUAGCACUUGACUAUUUACACUCUGCAGCCUCUCCUCCAAUCAUUCAUAGAGAUAUUAAGUCUCCUAAUAUACUCUUGGAUGAAAAUUAUAUGGCAAAAGUGUCAGACUUUGGGGCUUCAAGAUUGGUUCCAUUAGAUCAAACUCAGUUUACUACAUUAGUUCAAGGGACACUGGGUUACUUGGAUCCUGAAUAUUUUCAUACAAGUCAAUUAACAGAAAAAAGUGAUGUUUAUAGCUUUGGCAUAGUUCUGGUAGAACUAUUGACUGGAAGAAAAGCACUAGAAUUUGAAAGACCUGAAAAAGAGAGAAACUUGGCAACCCAUUUCAUAACUUCAAUGAAAGAAGACAACGUUUCAGAAAUUUUGGAGGAGAGGGUACUAAAUGAAUGCAGCAAGGAUCAACUCCAAGAAGUCACUCAGCUUGCUAAGAGAUGCCUAAGUGUGAAGGGAGAGGAAAGACCGACAAUGAAAGAAGUAGCUAUGGAGUUAGAGGGGUUAAGGAGGUCGAGCAAACACCCAUGGGUAGAACAAACUCGUGAAGAAACAGAGUGCUUACUUGGGGAGACAUCAAGUUUUCAUAACAGCAAUAAUAUUGGCUAUGAUAGUUUAAGGGAUCAAGUUGUCAUACCAUUGGAUAGUGGGCGAUGA